UCACAUCACAUCCAACUAACUACCAAAACCUUUCUUCUCUGAGGUCUGAACACUGUUAACUCUUCUGAAAACCAUAUGAAUUCAUCGAUCACCGAUCAACCUAAACUCAGCAUCAAUACUCUUCAAAUUCUUCUGUAAUCAAGUCAAUCAAUCAAUCAAGGUGGGCAAUUGUUUGCCUACCCCCUUCUUCACAAGGUUGGGGUUAGGGUUUUGGGCUACUAGUACUACUACUACUGGCAUCACUACUAUCACCGACCAGAUGGCGGCUCCGCCUCAAUCGUUCCGGUUUGGCGGUCCCGCAACCACCGCAGCAGCUGCCGGUAACAUCGAAGCUCUUAACAGAGUCCUUGCUGACCUUUGUACUAGAGGAAACCCUAAGGAUGGUUCUGCUUUGGCAUUAAGAAAACAAGUUGAAGAAGAGGCACGCGCUCUUAAUGGAGAAGCUUUUUCUCGUUUUCUGGAUCAGCUGUAUGACAGAAUUACUAGUCUUUUAGAGAGCAAUGAUGUUGCUGAUAACUUAGGUGCUCUAAGGGCUACUGAUGAACUGAUAGACUUAAAACUUGGAGCGAGUGGCACCAAGGUUUCCAGGUUUUCUAAUUACAUGCGUAUUGUGUUUGAUACCAAACGUGACCCCGAAAUUUUGAUCCUCGCUAGUAAAGUUCUUGGCCAUCUAGCCAGAUCUGGUGGGGCCAUGACAGCAGAUGAGGUGGAAUGCCAGAUGAAAAAUGCACUGCUAUGGCUUGGUGGCGAGAGAGUCGAGUAUCGUCGGUUUGCUGCUGUUCUAAUUUUAAAGGAAAUGGCGGAGAACGCUUCUACGGUUUUUAACGUUCAUGUGUCUGAAUUUGUGGACGCCAUCUGGGUGGCGCUGAGGGAUCCAACAUUAGCAGUUCGGGAACGAGCUGUUGAGGCAUUGCGUGCUUGCCUUCGUGUUAUUGAAAAACGAGAGACACGUUGGCGUGUGCAGUGGUACUACCGUAUGUUUGAGGCCACACAAGAGGGGUUAGGGAAAAAUGCUUCUGUUCACAGCAUUCAUGGUUCUCUACUUGCAGUUGGGGAACUUUUGAGAAAUACGGGUGAAUUUAUGAUGUCAAGGUACAGAGAGGUUGCAGAAAUUGUUCUUAGGUAUCUGGAGCAUAGAAAUCCUCUUGUUCGUCUCAGUAUAACUUCUUUGCUGCCUCGGAUUGCACAUUUUCUACGUGAUCGAUUUGUGACGAACUAUCUUACGAUAUGCAUGAAUCAUAUCCUUGCGGUUCUCAAGAUACCAACCGAACGUGCCAGUGGAUUUAUAGCUCUUGGAGAGAUGGCUGGUGCUUUGGACGGUGAACUGGUCCACUACUUGCCGACAAUAACAUCUCACUUACGUGAAGCAAUUGCUCCUCGUAGAGGCAGACCCUCACUCGAGGCUUUGGCGUGUGUUGGAAACAUUGCAAAAGCAAUGGGCCCCGCCAUGGAAACUCAUGUGAGCUCCCUUUUGGAUGCCAUGUUUUCAGCUGGUCUUUCUUCAGUACUAGUAGAAUCACUUGAGCAGAUAACCAUCAGCAUUCCUUCAUUACGGCCUACAAUACAAGACCGGUUGCUUGAAAGCAUUUCAGUAGUUCUGUCAAAACCCCACAAUGCCCAUACAAGGACAUCUGGAACUCCCAGUCGAGUAAACACGGCUAACAACAUGCAACAGGUGUCAGAACUUAGUGGUUCUGCUCUGGAGCAGCUUGCAUUACAAACGCUUGCGCGUUUCAAUUUUAUGGGCCAUGAUCUUCUUGAGUUUGCUAGAGAAUCAGUUAUAGCUUAUUUGGAAGACGAUGAUGGAACCACACGCAAGGAUGCUGCUCUUUGCUGCUGCAAAUUAGUUGUGAAUUCCUUCUCCGUUACACAAUUCAGUCCUAGUAGGUCCAGUCUAGCUGGGGGCAAACGCAGACGUCUUAUAGAAGAGAUUGUGGAGAAGCUCCUUAUUGCAGCUGUAGCAGAUGCUGAUGUGUCUGUGCGGAACUCGAUCUUCUCUUCCCUGCAUGGGAAUGAAGGGUUCGAUGAUUUUCUAGCCCAAGCUGAUAGUCUGACUGCCAUUUUUGCUGCUCUAAAUGAUGAGGAUCUUCAAGUUCGGGAGUAUGCAAUCUCAGUAGCUGGUAGAUUAUCUGAAAAGAAUCCUGCAUAUGUUUUUCCAGCACUUCGCCGCCACCUAAUUCAGUUGUUAACUUAUCUCGGGCAAAGUGCUGAUAGCAAAUGCCGAGAAGAGAGUGCAAAAUUGUUGGGUUGCCUUAUCCGCAGUUGUGAACGCCUUAUACUUCCAUAUAUUGCUCCAAUACAUAAGGCACUUUUGUCUAAACUAUGCGAAGGAACAGCAGGAGUGAAUGCAAACAAUGACAUCAUCAGUGGGGUUCUUGUGACUGUCGGGGAUCUUGCUAGAGUGGGUGGUUUUGCAAUGCGCGAAUAUAUUCCCGAACUUAUGCCAAGAAUCGUUGAAGCUUUACUGGAUGGAGCAGCUGCUACUAAACGCGAGGUUGCUGUUGCGACUCUCGGUCAAGUUGUACAGAGUACAGGAUAUGUCAUUACUCCAUAUAACGAAUACCCGCUAUUGCUCGGCUUACUCUUAAAAUUGUUGAAUGGUGAGCUGGCAUGGUCUACACGUCGGGAAGUUCUAAAGGUUCUUGGCAUAAUGGGCGCUUUAGAUCCUCAUGUUCAUAAACGCAAUCAGCAAAGCUUGCCAGGACCUCUUGGUGAUGGAACUCGUGCGGCCAGUGAUGCGGGCCCACAUAUCCAGUCCAGUGAUGAGUUGCCGAUGGAUCUUUGGCCAUCAUUUGCGACAUCGGAAGAUUAUUUUUCUACCGUUGCUAUUAAUUCCCUCAUUCGGAUACUUAGGGACCCAUCGCUUUCUAGUUAUCAUCAAAAAGUUGUUGGGUCUCUCAUGUUUAUUUUCAAGUCGAUGGGUCUUGGCUGCGUGCCAUACUUGCCAAAGGUUUUACCUGACUUCUUUCACACAAUUCGUACAUGUGAAGAUGGUCUGAAGGAGUUUAUAACUUGGAAGCUUGGAACGCUUGUUUCGAUUGUGCGGCAGCACAUUCGCAAAUAUCUACCCGAAUUGCUCUCUUUAAUAUCGGAGUUAUGGUCAUCAUUCAGUUUGCCAGCACCUAACCGUCCUAUUCAUGGAUUACCGAUCCUGCACCUAGUUGAACAACUUUGUCUCGCACUCAAUGAUGAAUUCCGGAGAUAUCUUCCUAUCAUUCUCCCAAGCUGUAUUCAAGUUCUGAGUGAAGCUGAAAGAUGUAAUGAUUACACAUAUGUUCGGGAUAUUCUUCGCACAUUAGAAGUAUUUGGUGGAACAUUGGAUGAACAUAUGCAUUUACUUCUUCCUGCGCUGAUACGAUUAUUUAAAGUGGAUGCUUCUGUUGACAUAAGGCGUGCCGCUAUAAAAACUUUGAUAAGAUUGAUUCCUCGUGUUCAGGUUACAGGUCACAUAUCAACACUUGUGCAUCAUCUUAAGCUUGUAUUGGAUGGAAAAAAUGACGAGCUUAGGAAGGAUGCUGUGGACGCACUUUGUUGUUUGGCACACGCUCUUGGCGAGGACUUCACUAUCUUCAUCCCAUCCAUUCACAAACUUCUUCUGAAGCAUCGCUUGCGGCACAAGGAUUUUGAAGAAAUUGAGGGGAGGUUGCAAAGGCGCGGACCUUUAAUCCAGGGCAAUAUGGCAGCACAAAAGUCAAUCCGGCAGCCUCCUGUUGAGAUUAUUAGUGAUCCUUUGAGUGAUGUCGAGAAUGAUCCUUUUGAAGAUGUGCACAGACAACUCAAAGUUCAUCAGGUUAAUGAUGAACGAUUACGAGCUGCUGGAGAAGCCUCUCAGCGUAGCACAAAAGAAGAUUGGGCAGAAUGGAUGAGGCAUUUCAGCAUUGAAUUGCUGAAGGAAUCACCUUCUCCAGCUCUACGAACGUGUGCUAGGCUUGCACAGUUACAGCCCUUUGUUGGACGAGAGCUGUUUGCAGCGGGAUUUGUUAGCUGUUGGUCACAACUGCAUGAGUCUAGUCAAAAAGCCCUUGUUCGCAGUUUAGAGAUGGCGUUUUCUUCCCCUAAUAUACCCCCUGAAAUUCUUGCAACAUUACUAAACUUGGCGGAGUUCAUGGAACAUGAUGAGAAACCCCUUCCUAUUGACAUUCGCCUCCUUGGUGCUCUUGCUGAGAAGUGUCGAGCAUUUGCCAAGGCUUUGCACUACAAAGAGAUGGAAUUUGAAGGUGCGCUUUCCAAAAAGAUGGAUGCAAAUCCUGUUGCUGUAGUCGAAACACUCAUUCAUAUAAACAAUCAGUUGCAUCAGCAUGAGGCUGCAGUUGGAAUAUUGACCUAUGCUCAACAACGUUUGGAUGUGCAACUGAAAGAAUCAUGGUAUGAGAAAUUGCAGCGGUGGGAUGAUGCCCUCAAAGCAUACACCGCAAAAUCCACUCAGGCAUCAAGUCAACGUAUCAUGUUGGAUGCUACACUAGGACGGAUGAGGAGCCUUGCUGCACUGGCUCGAUGGGAAGAGCUUAACAACCUUUGUAGGGAAUAUUGGACACCUGCUGAGCCAGCUGCUCGAUUAGAAAUGGCGCCAAUGGCUGCUAGUGCUGCCUGGAACAUGGGCGAGUGGGAUCAGAUGGCGGAAUACGUAUCUAAACUAGAUGAUGGUGAUGAAACUAAACUCAGAGUGUUAGGGAAUACUGCUGCUACUGGUGAUGGUGGCAGCAAUGGCACAUUCUUCAGGGCUGUUCUGUUAGUUCGUAGGGGAAAGUAUGAUGAAGCACGCGAAUAUGUUGAAAGAGCAAGGAAAUGCUUGGCAACUGAGCUUGCUGCAUUGGUUCUUGAAAGCUAUGAUCGAGCGUACAGUAAUAUGGUUCGUGUUCAACAGUUGUCAGAGUUAGAGGAGGUCAUUGAUUACUGUACUCUUCCAGUCGGCAACCCUGUUGCCGAGGGGCGAAGAACACUCAUUCGUAACAUGUGGAACGAACGAAUUAAAGGCACAAAACGAAAUGUUGAGGUUUGGCAAGCUCUUUUGACAGUCAGGUCACUUGUAUUACCUCCUACAGAAGACAGUGAAACCUGGCUGAAGUUUGCCUCGCUUUGCCGGAAAAGUGGUAGGAUUAGGCAAGCCAAAUCCACUUUAAUCAACCUCUUGCAGUUUGACCCAGAAAAAACUCCUGAAACUGUACGAUAUCAUGGGCCACCACAAGUAAUAUAUGCAUACUUAAAAUACCAAUGGUCACUUGGGGAGGACCAGAAGCGCAGGGAAGCUUUUGCUCGGCUGCAGGAUCUUGCCAUAGAGCUUUCAAGUACGUCUGGUCUUCAUCCAUCAUCACCUACUGGUUUGGUGGGUGCUCCAGACGUAUCACUUAUGGCACGUGUAUAUCUGAAACUCGGAUUAUGGCAAUGGGCUCUUUCCCCUGGUCUUGAUGAUGAUUCUAUACAAGGAAUUCUUAGCUCAUUCAGGCAAGCGACUAAUUCUGCCACAAAACGCGCAAAAGCCUGGCAUACGUGGGCUCUUUUUAAUACAGCAGUGAUGUCUCAUUACACACUCAGAGGUCUUCCUAAUUUUGCUGCCCAGUUUGUAGUAGCAGCGGUUACUGGAUAUUUUCAUUCUAUUGCGUGCGCAGCACAUGCUAAGGGCGUAGAUGAUAGCUUGCAGGAUAUUCUUCGACUUUUGACUUUGUGGUUUAACUAUAGUGCUACUGCCGAGGUUCAAACGGCAUUGCAGAGAGGAUUUUCACAUGUUAAUAUCAAUACUUGGCUGGUUGUUUUACCUCAGAUUAUCGCCAGAAUACAUUCAAAUAAUCAUGCCGUGAGAGAAUUAAUACAAUCUCUUCUGGUCCGCAUAGGACAAAGACAUCCCCAGGCUCUUAUGUACCCUCUUCUUGUGGCUUGUAAGUCGAUAAGUAAUUUGCGUAGAGCUGCAGCUCAAGAAGUGGUUGACAAAGUUCGACAGCACAGCGGUGUGUUGGUGGAUCAGGCACAACUUGUAUCGGAGGAGUUGAUUAGGGUUGCGAUUCUUUGGCAUGAAAAGUGGCAUGAUGCACUAGAAGAAGCUAGCCGCUUGUAUUUUGGUGAACAUAACAUUGAGGGAAUGCUAAAGUGUUUAGAGCCAAUGCAUGAAAUGCUUGAAGAAGGUGCAUUGAGGAAUGACACAACCAUAAAAGAGAAAGCUUUUAUUCAGACAUAUCAUCAUGAAUUAUUAGAGGCGUAUGAGUGUUGUAUGGAAUAUAAGAAAUCUGGAAAAGACGCUGAACUCACCCGGGCCUGGGAUCUUUACUAUCAUGUAUUUAGACGGAUAGAUAAGCAGCUUCAGUCUCUUACUACACUGGAUCUUCAGUCGGUUUCUCCAAAAUUAGUAGAGUGUCGUGACUUGGAGAUUGCGGUUCCUGGGACCUACCGAGCAGAUUCACCAGUGGUGACAAUUGCAUCCUUUGCACCACAGCUUGUUGUCAUUACAUCCAAACAACGACCCAGAAAAUUGACUAUUCAUGGCAGUGACGGGGAAGAUUAUGCUUUUUUGCUUAAAGGACAUGAAGAUUUACGCCAGGAUGAACGAGUCAUGCAGCUCUUUGGUUUAGUAAAUACUCUGCUAGCUAAUUCCAGAAAAACUUCAGAAAAAGAUCUUCCCAUUCAACGAUAUGAGGUUAUUCCGUUGUCUUCAAAUAGUGGGUUGAUAGGGUGGGUACCGAAUUGUGACACCUUGCAUCAACUCAUUCGAGAGUACAGAGAUGCCCGCAAGAUCACCCUGAAUCAAGAGCACAAACACAUGCUUAGCUUUGCUCCAGAUUACGAUCACUUGCCCCUAGUAGCUAAGGUGGAGGUAUUUGAGCACGCUCUUGAUAGUACGGAAGGGAACGAUUUGGAGAGGGUGCUUUGGCUAAAAAGCCGCACUUCAGAAGUGUGGCUGGACAGAAGGACUAAUUAUACACGAAGUUUGGCUGUUAUGAGUAUGGUUGGUUACCUUCUUGGUUUAGGUGAUCGGCACCCCAGUAAUCUUAUGCUGCAUCGCGUCAGUGGGAAGAUCUUGCAUAUUGAUUUUGGAGAUUGCUUCGAAGCAUCAAUGACGCGUGAGAAGUUCCCUGAAAAGGUUCCUUUUCGUUUGACUAGAAUGCUUGUAAAGGCUAUGGAAGUUAGUGGCCUUGAAGGGAAUUUCCGUUCGACUUGUGAAAAUGUGAUGCAAGUUCUUAGAACACAUAAAGAUAGCGUAAUGGCUAUGAUGGAGGCCUUCGUUCAUGAUCCGCUUAUAAACUGGCGUCUUUUCAACUUCAAUGAAGUGACACAAAUGUCAACUCUUGCCACCACAAACGUCCAGCCUGUUGUAAAUGGCGAAGAAGCUGCCACAAAUCAUGCUCUUCAGCCACAACGGGGUGCUCGUGAACGCGAGCUUUUACAGGCUGUCCAUCAACUAGGUGACGCUAACGAGGUUUUGAACGAACUGGCGGUGGUAGUUAUGGCACGAAUGAAUAAUAAACUUACUGGUCGGGAUUUUUCAACAUGUUCUUCACUACCAACCACUGCCCCAGGAGAAAAUACGACUUUAAUUUCUGGAGAUACUCGUGAAGUGGAUCACGGGUUAUCUGUUAAGCUACAAGUGCAAAAGCUAAUUUUACAGGCCACCUCCCAUGAAAACUUGUGCCAGAGUUAUGUUGGGUGGUGUCCAUUCUGGUAAAAUCAGAAUUUCUGUACAUAUAUAUAUACAUAUACACACCUGUGCAUAUAUUUAGGCUUUCUCUCCUUGAAUUUAUGAAAACAAGUAAUUAGUUAAAGGGAUGUUAUUGUAUGUAAAUAAGUCUAUGAAUGUGAACUUGUAUGGCUAAUUCAUCCGUGUAUAUAAGGUUUGUUACUUUGUAUUGCAACAAUAUCACAAGUAGUGUAUGAUGUUAGUUAUGAUUUCGGUAUAUUCUACAACAGCCAUAAUGUAAUCA